GGGUGGAUUCCACCAGCUCUGCUUCAGUUUCUUUUGCAAGAAGAGCUCAGAAUCACAACAAGGAAGCUAACCCCAACAAUGAACCUGCCAUGUAAAAUUUUAGCCAGCUUCCUUCUGAUCUGCAACAUUCCCACCAAAGGUGCAUUCCCUGCAAAGGUUGAGAUCACCUGCGGUAUCCUGGACCAUGACGUCAACCUGACCAUUUCUGAUUUCCCGAUGAAUGAUUCUAUAGAUGAUAUACGAUGGUACAUAGCACAAACCAAAACCAAGAUUGGGCAAUUUCGCAAAGGCAAGGACAUUUACCAGCUAAAUGAAACAUAUCACAUAUUCUCAGAUGGAACUCUGCAAAUUAAAAAUCUGACGAGAAAUAGUAACGGUACCUACCAGGUCAUGCUAUUUGAUAUACAUGGGAAAAAUGUGCUGGAAAGAACAAUUGAUUUGAGGAUUCUAGAUGAGGUCCAGAUAGGCACAGAGUGUAGCCAUGAAGAUUUCAGCCAAGAGAGGGCAGAACCGGGUCUCCUGAUUCCAGAGAUGGUCUCAAAACCAGUGAUCUCCUGGAAAUGUAUCAACAGAACUCUGACCUGUGAGGUAAUGAAUGGAAGUGAUACUGAGUUAAAACUGUAUCUAAAUAAUAAACCUGUCAAUACAAGUCAUCAGAAUAUCAUUACACAUGAAUGGCCCAACUACCCGAACCCAUCAUUCAGCUGCUGCGUGGCAAAAAACGAAGUCCUUGAGGAAACCUGUGUAGCCAACAUCAGCUGUACAGAGAAUGGUCUGAAUAUCUCUCUCAUCAUCAGCAUUACUGGAGGAGGCAUCAUCCUUAUCAUCUUUGUGGCACUGCUCAUUUUCUGUAUCAGCAAGAAGAGAAAACAGAGCACCAGGAGAAAUGAUGAAGAGCUGGAGAUAAGAGCUCACAGAGUAACCACUGAAGAAAGGGUCCGGAAGCCCCACCAAAUUCCAGGCUCCACUUCUCAAAAGCCAGCAGUUUCCCAACCUCCUCCACCGCCUAGUCAUCGUUCCCAGGCACGUGGUCAUCGUCCCCCGCCCCCUGGCCACCGUGUCCAGCACCAGCAGCAGAAGAGGCCUCCUCCUCCUUCAGGCACACAAGUGCACCAGCAGAAAGGCCCACCCCUCCCCAGACCUCGAGUUCAACAGAAACCUCUCCCCGGGGCUGCAGAAAACUCAUAAUUCUGUCUCCUGAAAUAGGUAACCCCUUUCUCUAAUUGGAGUCCUGGUGGCGCAGUCGUUAAGAGCUCAGUUGCUAACCAAAAGAUUGGCAGUUCGAAUCCACUAGCCGCUCCUUGGAAACCCUGUGAGACAGUUCUACUCUGUCCUAUAGGGUCCUCUAAUUACAAAAAGGUUGUAGAAACCAGUCCUUUUCAACAAAAAGUACUAUGGAAUGUCUUUACUCAGGUAUGCACACUUGUCCUUCCAUCAAGUGUUUUUGACAUGUAGAACGUUACCGCCUCCAAGGUCAUGUCUGAACCUUCUAACUCAGCCACAUGGUCUAACAUCUCCAGUCUUUGCCUCCUCAGAGAGCUCCAUCAUGCCAGGGGACAAACAAGAAAAUUGUGCUUCUUGGGAGGUUGGGUGAGCGAGCACAAAAAUCCCAGAGCUCUUUGGUCUCCCUCUCAGACCAUGUGCAGAUUUGUGAAGUCCACUGAUGGUUGUGCCUGCGUCUAACUAAAAGCAGCUUAUCUGCUGGGGACUCUUGGGUUUCACAUGUGCCCUGGUAUGCACUUGCCCAUGGUUUUGUAAGUAGACGUGAAAUAAAAACUUUGACAUAUCCCCAGUGUCUGCUCAUUGUAGACAGGAACCCAGCAUGGAGGAGAGGAAGCUGCUGAAUGAGAAGGAAGCUGGUUGGUAUAACGACAGGGUUAGAUUUGGUCAUUCCAAGUGACCUGGACACCUUAACCCCCAUCAGAAUAACCAGCCUAUGCUCCCCAGAUCUCAGCAGCAAAGCUGGGUCCAAUAGUCUGCUUGUAUAAUGAACUGAGAUCUCUAGGCACAAACUCCAACAAGAAGCAGCAGAAAAUGUAAUCAUUUGGAUCUCACUUCCUUGAUUGCUCCAAUAGAGCCACAAUGAUUCACAUGGUCAUCCCUGAAAAGAGGGGAAUCCACAAAUGCUGGAGGAGCCAUGAGCCUGUCAGACAGUACACAAAAGGACAGGCUAAGACAGAACCCAGUUGAAUCAAAUUCUACUUGUCUUAAAGGACCAUUAUUAAAAGCUCAGACCCCAUCCCCAGCUAUCAGUCAUGCUAGCUGAACUUUGGGGAAGUGGAGAGAAAAAACAGUUUGCAGUUAAAGUUCUGAAACAAUAGGCAGAGAGAAGGGACCUGCUUUGAAAUGCUGGUGCCAUGUUUGUGGUCCCAUCAGCCCGCCUUCUCCCUGGCUUCUUAGACUUGUGAAGUCUUGUUAAGUUCUGGCAGGAAGCUCUGAGGUCUAAACCACAAAGUCUAAAUACACUCAAGGCUUCCUGUGAGAACUCACUGAAGGUUGAACUGCUUUUUUCUCUGACCCUGAGUGUCUAUUUUUUGGCACCCGCAGUUAAUUAUUAAGGACAAUGAUCAAUAAAACUCGAUAGCCUCCUGAAAUUCAAACACAAAAUCCAGCCAGGUAACAACCAUCACAGGAUCUACCAAGUUGCAGAGAUGAGGGUCCUAGAGUUACCCCCUUCUCAUUCCUUAUUGCAUUGGGAGAGUCUGUUGGCCAUCCUACCAGAAUAGCUCAUAUCCCAUUCUCUUCCCUUCUCUGAUCUUUCCAGCCCUGUCCUCAGCCUUUCUUUUGAAAUCCUGUGGCAUUGCAUUUGGUACAGAACAUAUAUUCAAUCUUUCAUCAUUAAUUCAUUCAACAAAAAUUUAUUGACCCUCUAGUACAUAUCAGGCUCCAUGGUAGGCACUAAAAUCACAGAGGUGCAAGACUGUCUUUGCUUUCAAGGAACUGACAAUCUAGUUGGAGAGGAUGCAGACAAAUUACAGGACACAUGUAACACAGUGUGAUAAGUAUGGGACAGAGGCAAGCACAGGAGGCCAGAGGAAGGACCUUGAAUCCAGAUUGAGUGGUGGGACUUGGGUGAUACAGAAGGCUUCCUGGAGGAGGUGACAUUUGGGUUGUAAUAGAUUAGUAGUACUAGUGAAGCAGAGGUGCAAAACUAUCCGUGCAGAGGGAACAGCAAAAGCGAGGCUCACAUUAGCCACCUGCUUACACAUGUAUGCUGUUCCUUUGUCAACUGUUGCGUUUGAUCUAUUUGAAGACAAUUGAUUUUAAGUGGCACCAGUAUUUUACAUACCAAUAAGAAAGGAAAAUACUCUCAAUUGCAUUAUAAAAAAAUGCUAAGACAUAUCAACUUUUAAACAACCCCAUUUCAGAGAUGCUAAAAUAACAAAAAAAUGUGCAUUUUAAUAUUUAACUAAAUGCAUAGUAAUUAAGCUUCUUGAGGACAACAACCAUAUCUCAGUAUUGCCCUUUAUUGAAAAUAUCACUAGCCAAUUGACUGAAUGGGUGAACACAGUCCUGAUGAAAGGAAAGGAACAUAAAAGGCAUCCACAUACAUAAGGCACACCCCAUGCCCUGCUGGAAUCUCCACAAUGAGAUGCGAAGCCCAGGAAAAACAUGAACUUUGCUCGAGGUCUGUGCUGCUUUAACAUACCCCUCUGACACUACGUGUCCUCACGCUGACCCUGUACCAGAGUAUGGACCCCUGAGGAGUGGCCAGGCCAGCUCCAUAAGAAUAGCCUGUGAAACUUGUAAAAAAAAAAUACAGAUGGUUCAGUAAGUUAGAUUGAGACCAUGCAUCUGUAGUUUAACACCCUCUCCAGGUGAUUCUGAUGCAUAUGCAAAUUGUGGAACCACAGGUCUAUUUGUCCCCAAAUUAUUAAUCUCCCGUGAUUGGUCAUAUGUGAAGACUUUCAGAAAAUGCAGCAUUUUAAGAAAAACAAACAGUGAUAGACCAGUUAACUAAUGCUCAGCAGGGAAGUCUCCUUUCCACGUAAUUUACAGGACAAGUGUAACACAGUGUGGUAAGUAUAGGACAGAGGCAAGCACAGGAGAGUUUUAAUUUAAGGGAUAGGAACAUCCUAGAGGGCUAUAUGCAGAUGGGCGAUUCUGGUCUUUUUGAUAGCCUACCUGCCCACCCCACACAGCAGAUCAAUCCUCACAGAUAGGCCAGCUGGGUCUCAGCUAUGAGUAGGUCUCAGCUGUGAACUGGCAAUUCUAUCUCUGGCUUUCCGAUCCUCUUCCUCUACUCAACCGCUAAUACUGGAUUCCUCUGGGCUCUUGCGUGCUGACUGGGCUGGAGCCACACAGGUCCUCAAGCUCACCAACAUGUUUCCCACCUUAGAGCCAUCACAACACCGUUCCCACUGCCCACACACCUCACCGAGCUACUGCUAACUUUCCCUUCAGGACUCAGAUGGAAGGUCAUCCUCAGACUCCUGAAUUCUACUGUAAGUUGAAUCUUGUGAGACCAUCCAUUCUCAUUGUCUAAUUUUGUGGUCAUGAAGUUUAGAGUAACAGAAGACCCAUGGGUACUGGAGCCAGAAAUUCUGACUCUCCCUCUCUCACUGGCUUUGAAAUUUUGGGUGAUUUAUUCAGCCUUUUUAAACACUGGUUUCUUCAUCUGUAAAAUGGGGAUAACACCUCACAGGGUAGGAGUGAGGAUUAAAUGGAAAUAACACAUUUAAAUGUAGCUGG